AUGGAGCUGUGCGAAAUGAUCCGGUUCCGCUUACGAGAAUCCCCUGUGCUUUUGCUCCGGCCCUAUGCAACCGUUGCCCGGGUUCUCCUCCGCUGCAUAGGUAACCAGACACCAUACUAUGACACUGAUCUAUCGGACUGUGCUUCUUCGUUGCAGACGCUUCGAAACGCUCAGAUCACCAAAGCGGAGAACGUGGGAAGCUUUCUCGCACUAGGCCUGAGCCUAGUCACCUUCCAUCGACUGAUCUCCGGAGUUUCAGCCAGCACCAUUUGCCGAUACACCCUCUCGUUGGUGCGUCCUUAUUAUUAUUCCAACCAGCUCAGUAGCUCGGACUCCAUGGAGCUCACGUGUCUUGUCUUCAUGGACACCACCCAAUCGUUGUUCCGCGCUCGCGUCCCGGUCAUUCAGUAUCAAGUACGAGAUCCGUACAUUGUCGACCGCCAUGCCGGUCUCUGUGGGCCUCUUCUACCUCUGCUAUACCGCAUCUGUCUCCUCGCGGCGGCCAUAAGGACUGGUUCUGGCGACGUACCCAGUCCCGCCUCCUUUGAUAGUCUUACAGAAGAGAUUACUGCCUGGACCCCCAAUAUCUCGAAAGAUGCUUUAGAGCGCUUUUCUCAGGAAGAGAUGUAUCUCCUCGUCACGCAGGCUAGUCUUCACCGUACCGCAGCACUCCUCAUCCUGCACCGACUGAGAUAUCCAUUCGGGGAAAAGGACGAGGAGGCAGAAGCUCUAUCACGGACGAUUGUCUCAGAAAUCACUCAUUGUCUGGCCCUUGCAAAUCAAUACCCACCCAACAUCACCUUGAUCUUCCUCGUUGCAGGAGCCGAGGUGCACGACACAGCCGGGAGACGCCACGUACUCUCUCUGAUCACGAAGAUCAUGGGGGCAAACUUCUACCCCUUUAUCUCCAACCUGCGCAUGUUCCUCGCGCGUGCUUGGGCUGGCCGGGACCAGGGAACAACCCGAUACCUGUUCCGUCUGUUUGAGGAGGAUCCUGAACUGAGCAUCCCUCUCUGA